AUGCUGAGACAAACGGGAUUCUUCGGUCUGCUUGCAGUCCUGUCUUUUUUUGCAGGCUUUGCAAGAGCUGCUCCUCCCCCUGGAUUCACUUAUUCCAACGUUUCCGUACCAAAUAAUCCACCCACUCCCACAAUUGUUGGUUAUGUUGAGGAUGGAAAUCCAGUCUGGGUUAUUACUGUCCCAGCAAGUCUUGGUCCAUACACAGAGAUUACCGUUGUCGGUGUUUCUUCCACCAACUACCUCUUCAACACCUCGGACUUGUCGAUCAGCGAGGACCUUGACUUGGUCAACGAUGGCUCGUCCACUUUUACCGAUAUUGAAAUUUACGGUUACGAAGACGAGGAUUUGGAGAUUACUAUCCCAGCCACUUCUACUGUUGAAGGUGCCACUGCUUUCCUCGGUGCGUUCACCUUGACCGUUUACUAUGGUGAGGUUUCCAAGCUGUUUAAGAGAGAGAUUGUGACGUAUGAGUUGAGCGCUGUGGCAAAAGUUGAGGAAUCAUCUAGUUCCGCUAUUACAAGUGGCGCUACUACUACUUCUAAGUCUUCUUCUACAAUUCCAAGCGUGCCCUCAACUCCAAGUGUGCCCUCAAUUCCAAGUGCGUCCUCAACUAUUACCGUGGUCACUACAGAAACCCCAUCAACCACAAUCGUCACCAUCACUUCCUGUCCAGGUGGUGCGUGCUCGGAGAUAACGGUUCCAACCGGUGUCACCACUGUUACCGAGACAGCUCCAGGUGGAGUGUUCACCACUUACACCACCUACUGUCCUCUUACAGGCAAGCCGCACACUAAGACGUACACUCCAUGGGUUGGACCAACUGUCACCGACGUUAAGACUAUCACUGUGACUGCCACUCCAGCUGGAACUACUACUUUGACGAUUACCUCGUGUGCUGAUGGUAAGUGCACUGCUGGGCCAGUAACGACCGGUUACGACGAGGUCACUACAACCAUUGAGGACAUCGUUACCGUUUACACCACUUACUGUCCUCUGUCGGUUUACACGUACACCACUACUGUCUACGUUCAACCUACCCCCACCAACAUCGUCGUGGUGACCUAUACUGACACAGUCACGGUUACUGCCGGUACUACCACGGUUUAUGAGGACGCUGCUGAUGUUUCCAAGACUACUGGUGUCACCGAGGUUACAACCACCUCUGAAGACAUCGUCAUCGUCUACACCACUUUCUGUCCUCUUACUGUUCACAAACUGAAGGAGAACACUGUGACUUAUGCCGAGGUCACUCCAACGAAGGCUGUCACCGUUUCUGCAACAUCAACUGAGGAAGUCUCCUUCUUGAACUCCCGUGGAACUACUUUGACGGUCACCUCCGAAUCUCCAUCUGCCUCAGCCUCUACUGUAGAGGUCACCAGCAGUGUUGAGGCUACUGCAACUGUUGUAACUGGCGGCUCUAAGAGUACCUUUUCUAAAAAGACUGUGUCCGCAGAGUCCACUUCUAGUGCAGAGGCUAGCUCAGCUACUUCGUCUGCUUCCUCGUCUGCUGCCGCAGUUUCAACUCUUUCCGCAGGUGCCGCCUUCAAGUCGCCAGCCUCAGGAGCCCUUCUUGGAGCUUUGGUCUUUAUCUCUGCCCUUUUCUUCUAG